AGCACACGGAAGACGGAAGUAGGCCGCGAAGCUCGUUUCCAAGAGCAACGUCACACAGAGAACGACGCCAGUCUGGUGGUUUGUAGAAUCUGUCAAUAAUUUACCAACACGUAACGGGAUACAGAGACCAGUUAGGCUUUGACAGCCAUUGUUUGUGUACGGAGGUGAAGUGUCUUAUCCGCAAACAUGCUGGGAACUAAAGCAGCAACCACCAUAGGGCCCGAAUCGUGGAGAAACAGUACAUUGAAAGGGAUAAAAAUAUCUCAAACAAUCGUUCAAAAGAGUGACAAAAGUUGUGAUGUGGGACGGGUCUUUGACCCCCUCCCUCAUCUCCGAGAUACAGUGGCCCAAUUGAGCAACGAUGAAAUUCACAGAUAUACGAGAGAAGUUAGAAUUGUGGUAGCCAGACUCAGGGAGAGUCUUUUGGACACAAAUGAAGAAAUAAAAGCCCUCUCCAGGGGAAGAGAAGCACUUGAAAAAUCCUUGGAACACACCAGAAAGGAUAUAAGGUUGAAUAAAGACAGUCAAGAUAUAAGAGUAUCCAGGCCUUCAAAAGAAAGGGAACAUGAUGGAGCUGAUGAUUUACUCAAUGCUGAGCGAGCUCACCUGUUGAACUGUAAAAAGGCACUAGAGGCACAGCUGAAGUCUGUCCAGCAGCAACUUCAGGUACUAGAUGCCGCGCGUCGCCGCCUCUUUGCCACCCUACAGGAGCGCUCACGUGUGUUGGACCUGCUGAACCAUGCCCUAUCUUCAAUCAGUAACACUGCAAGCUGUAUGGCAGGCCCAGGGAGCCUUCACCGCAGUAAAACCUCCCUCGAUGGCCGUCUGUCUCGUCUGGCACUGGCCACCACUCAGGCUGAUCCUCUGGGGCCCUUCACACCCGAAGCUGACCAGUCGCUGUUGGAUGCUGAGGAGGCGAGAUCCAGGAGUGGCUACCUCAGGAGGGAACUUAAGGAGGCCAUCGAGAGGACAGAGAAACUAAAGGAGGCUGCUCACAAGUCUGUAAAUGACGGCAUCACACAGAAACUCUCGGAGACUAUCACACUGAAACAACACUUGGGAGUAACACUUGGCGAGAACAGACAUGGAAUCCACAGGGCUCAGCGUUGGUACGAUGCCACAGAGAAGGCCAGAGGCUACACACUGGGACCAGUUACAAGUGCUGAUAUGACCACCAGAGAGAGGUUGGACCGUCCCCUCGUGAGGGUGUUCCACCGACAUCCCGGCACACAAUUACCAGAGGCCCAGGAGGUCAUCAAGAACGGUGGUGGUUUGCUCCAGUCACUCACAGCCACCAGCCGGAACAUAGGAUUGCUCAAUCUGGCUAACAUCAAACUCCGGGAAGACAUCAAGAGUAAGGGUGUCGCGUCAUCUGUAGAUGCCAGCAUCAUUCGGCUGCGCAGGAGGAGAGGAGAUCACAGAUGGACCUUAGGAGCUGCGUUCUAAUCCCAGUUACUGCAUGUUUGCUGUGAACAUUGAAAAUAAAAUAGGUACAAGGCAUCCACAGAGGGGAUGGCAUCAUGAGGAUAGUUACCGAACAUGUCAAUUCUUACAGUCGGUUUAUAUCUAGUCUGUUACCAACAGGUUAAAACAAAUCUAAUACCUUCCGGAUUUUUUAUUUAUAAAUAAUGAUUACCAGAGAAAUUCUACAACUUUCUUUUAAUUGUGCUUUGUAAUCAAAACCCUUCUCCAGGAAUAAUCUUGCAAGUUGUGAGUGUGAGGGAGAGAAAAUGUGAUUUACAAAUCUGGUUUAACAAAAUGGAAAAUUUGUAGAAUUGUUUUGGCUGUAAGGAAAAGAACUGGAUUGAGUGAUUGACAAUUUUGUUUGAUAAUUUAGUGGAUGAUCACCAACCUUGACCUAAUGUUAUAAAGUGACAUUAUAAUAAAUAUAUUGUUCGUGUUUUGUUAUUGCUAUACCAAUAGAUUUGGUAUACAUUUCAUUCUACAUAAAAAUCUUUUAUUGUCAUUUUUAAAAAAAACCUCUAAAACUGCAAGUUGCAGUGUAUUUUUAUGAUAUACUCUUAUUUUCAUUUUAAAGACACUUGCAUGUUUACACGAUUUAUUCAUUUUUUCUGCAAAAUGAUUUUAUUAAAGAAUGUAUGCAAAAAUUACUUUCUUACUUUUUUUUAUAUAUUUGUGCUCAUUUCUUCACAUUAGAAAUUAUUAUUAAAUUAAUUUUGUUGCACUGUCUGUGAUUGUUUUUAGUAAAAUGAGUAGUCUUUUUCAAAUUGAAAAACCCCCUGAACUUUUCAUUUAUUAAGUUUUAGUGUUGCACUCAAUGGUUUUCUUUUAAAUGAAAAUAGUAUUUUUUAUCGCUGCUCAGUUUGACUGAGUUGACAACAGUAUUACAGAAUGAUAGUAGCUAUUGUGGGUACUCCUUGUUACAUGUUAUAAUCAGUAUUAUGGCUGCUGCUACGUAAGCAGCCCGGACCCUGUGAAGGAUUGGAUCUGAUGAAUCAGUAUUUAACUGUUGAACCGGUUUAAGUAUUAAUAGUCUGUAUUGGAAAAUAAAGGAAAAUAACCUGGAUUGAUUUUUUCCAUCUACCUAGGUAUAUAUACAAAGUAUUAUUGAAACAGAAAUGAGCUUACACCCUUACAUGAGUAUCCCUGAUUUUGCUCAACCAACAUAUUUGUUUUUGGUCUUGUGCAUUGUAUGCAUGAAUGCUGGUUUGUAUCAAAACAACAUUUACAUAUUACUGGUAUUUUUUUCAUUAAUUGUUUGCAAAAUAUAUUAUACAAUACAAAGUAUUUGUUAAUUGCUUGUUGUUACAUGUAAAAGAAACAAAUAGUAUAUAUUGUUCUGUUCACCAUGUACAUUAUAUAUUUAUACAUGCUUAUCAUUUACAUUUUGUAUGAUAUACAUUAUGACCUGCUGUCGCGUUGUCUGUGAUAACAUGUUUGUUAGUGACACACGUUUUUAUUGUUGAGUUGUUAAAGCUACUAAGAAUCCUAAGCAUUCGUUUUUCUUCCCUUUUAUUUCCUUUAUAAUGGUUUUCGAAAUAAUGUGAUAAUUUUCUUUGUAAAACAUUGUUUUCGCUCCCAUGAAACUACACAAAGUUCUACUUAGAGUUGAUUGUAGACUGUGAUAUACAAACUUGGCUAUGCUGCCAAGGACAUUGGCCUAAACGAACACAUUACAUAGCACUGUGAUGGAUGUUUAAUAUUAUUUGUUUUCAUUUCAAUACUUAUAGUGAAAGUCCUUUGAUAUGUAAAUAAAAGGUGUAAAUUUUAGGUUUUAUGAUAAUUUACUCCAAGUCAAUAGCAUAAUUAAGUUCCAUCCUUAUCAGAUUAAUGUAAAGUUCUUUUUUUGAAUGAAAUUUUCCAUAAAUAAAUUGGAUAAUGACCAAAUUUUUAAACUUACAUUAAAAACAACCACUCCUUUUGAUUUCGAUUUUGUAAGAGACAGCAUGAGUGUGCAGUUAAAUAGGAGUUUAGAUUUUAAUAGUCAGUAGUAUUAUGGUUGGCCCCCAGUCUUUCCAACCCUUCAUUUCACUUUCUCUGUGAUAAGUUUAUCAGCACUGUAUCAUUGCACUGCAAACCCACUGUUUUUGUUGCACACCUUGUCAGACUAUUACGAGUGCUAAAUAAAAGGCUUGAUAGGCU